UGUCAUCGCAGCCGUCGAAAUUUUCCGGAUUCGUCGUAUGUGAAUCGAUUUCUGCAGAAAAAAAGCUGGUGAGACGUUCGAUUGACAAGGUGACAUGACUGGUCGAGUGUGAGAAGCAGUCACCGUUAAGCGAGGGGGACAUGAGGGGCAUUCAAUUUUUAGCGCAGGAUUUGAAAGCAGCGUCGCCCCACAUAUCACCACAUCCUUUGCUCCCGAUCUUCUUCCUUCAAAUCAUCAAUCUCCCGCAGAUUAGGGACCUCUCUCAAUCUCUCAAUCAACUUUUUGCACCGCCCCAGACGGUAGGAGGCUCAAGUGCAUUUUAAGAUCCGACUCGAGCAAGCUCUCGUCGUUGGAAAAGGGAGGGGUAUCCUCAUUUGCGUUUCGACGUCAUAAUAAAAGUUUUUUAAGGGAGUUUUCAUUUCAAUACCGCAACCAUGGUCAACUUCACGAUCGAUGAGAUCCGUGGUCUCAUGGACAAGCCGGCAAACAUCCGUAACAUGUCGGUUAUUGCCCACGUCGACCACGGUAAGUCCACCUUGACCGACUCGCUCGUCCAGCGUGCCGGUAUCAUUUCGGCCGCCAAGGCUGGUGAGGCCCGUUUCACCGACACCCGUCAGGAUGAGCAGGACCGUGGUAUCACCAUCAAGUCCACUGCCAUCUCUCUGUACGCCCAGCUCCCCGAGGGUGAGGACGUCAACGAGAUCCCCCAGAAGGUUGAUGGCAACGACUUCUUGAUCAACUUGAUCGACUCUCCCGGUCACGUUGACUUCUCAUCUGAGGUUACUGCUGCCCUUCGUGUCACUGACGGUGCUCUCGUCGUCGUCGACUGCGUUGAGGGUGUCUGUGUCCAGACCGAGACUGUCCUUCGUCAGGCCCUUACCGAGCGUAUCAAGCCCGUCGUUGUCAUCAACAAGGUCGACCGUACCCUUCUUGAGCUUCAAGUUUCCAAGGAGGACCUCUACCAGACCUUCGCCCGGACGAUCGAGUCCGUCAACGUCAUCAUCGCCACUUACUUCGACAAGGCUCUUGGUGAUGUCCAGGUUUACCCCGACAAGGGUACCGUUGCCUUCGGUUCCGGUCUUCAUGGCUGGGCUUUCACUGUCCGUCAGUUCGCCGUCAAGUACGCCAAGAAGUUCGGUGUCGACAAGAACAAGAUGAUGGAGCGUCUCUGGGGCGACAACUACUUCAACCCCAAGACCAAGAAGUGGACCAAGAGCGGCACCCACGAUGGCAAGCCCCUUGAGCGUGCUUUCAACCAGUUCAUCCUUGACCCCAUCUUCAAGGUCUUCAACGCUGUCAUGAACUUCAAGAAGGAUGAGAUUGACACUCUCCUCACCAAGCUCGACAUCAAGCUUGCCAGCAACGAGACUGAGCUUGAGGGCAAGCAGCUCCUCAAGACUGUCAUGCGCAAGUUCCUUCCCGCUGCUGACGCCCUCCUUGAGAUGAUGGUCAUCCACCUUCCUUCGCCCGUCACUGCUCAGCGCUACCGUAUGGAGACUCUGUACGAGGGUCCCCACGACGACGAGGCCGCCAUUGGCAUCCGUGACUGUGACCCCAAGGGUACUCUCAUGCUUUACGUCUCUAAGAUGGUGCCAACCUCUGACCGUGGCCGAUUCUAUGCUUUCGGUCGUGUCUUCUCUGGUACCGUCCGCUCUGGUCUCAAGGUCCGCAUUCAGGGCCCCAACUACACCCCUGGCCGCAAGGAAGACCUCUUCGUCAAGUCUAUCCAGCGUACCAUUCUCAUGAUGGGUCGUUACAUUGAGCCCAUUGAUGAUGUUCCCGCUGGUAACAUUCUCGGUCUGGUUGGUGUUGACCAGUUCUUGCUCAAGUCUGGUACUCUUACCACCCUCGAGACUGCCCACAACAUGAAGGUCAUGAAGUUCUCCGUCUCCCCCGUCGUGCAGCGUUCCGUUGAGGUCAAGAACGCCCAGGACCUGCCCAAGCUUGUUGAGGGUCUUAAGCGUCUCUCUAAGUCUGACCCUUGCGUCCUGACUUCCAUCUCUGAGUCCGGUGAGCACAUCGUUGCUGGUGCCGGUGAGCUUCACUUGGAGAUUUGCUUGAAAGAUCUUGAGGAGGACCACGCUGGUGUUCCUCUCCGCAUUUCCGACCCUGUUGUGCAGUACCGUGAGAGUGUCAACGGCGAGUCCAGCAUGACUGCCCUCUCCAAGUCCCCCAACAAGCACAACCGUCUCUACGUUACCGCUCAGCCCCUUGGCGAGGAGGUCUCUCAGGACAUCGAGCAGGGCAAGAUCAACCCUCGCGACGACUUCAAGGCUCGUGCCCGUAUCCUUGCCGACGAGCACGGCUGGGAUGUCACCGACGCCCGCAAGAUUUGGUGUUUCGGUCCCGACACCACUGGUGCCAACUUGCUUGUUGACCAGACCAAGGCUGUUCAGUACUUGAACGAAAUCAAGGACUCUUUCGUCUCUGGUUUCCAGUGGGCCACCAAGGAAGGUCCCAUUGCCGAGGAGCCCAUGCGUGCUGUCCGCUUCAACGUCAUGGAUGUCACUCUUCACGCCGAUGCCAUCCACCGUGGUGGUGGUCAGAUCAUCCCCACUGCUCGUCGUGCGCUGUACGCCGCUACCCUCUUGGCCGACCCCGGUCUCCUCGAGCCCGUCUUCUUGGUCGAGAUCCAGGUCCCCGAGCAGGCCAUGGGUGGUAUCUACGGUGUCCUCACCCGGAGAAGAGGUCACGUCUUCUCCGAGGAGCAGCGUCCAGGUACCCCUCUCUUCAACGUCAAGGCUUACCUGCCCGUCAACGAGUCUUUCGGUUUCUCCUCAGACCUCCGUGCCGCCACCGCCGGUCAGGCCUUCCCCCAGUCCGUCUUCGACCACUGGCAGCUUCUGCCCGGAGGCUCGCCCCUCGACCCCAGCUCGAAACCCGGCCAGGUCGUGCAGGAGAUGCGGAAGCGCAAGGGUAUCAAGGUCGAGGUUCCCGGCUACGAAAACUACUACGACAAGUUGUAAAGGUCUUCUUUCGGUAUUGGAGUACUUCUGCGGGUCAUUCAACGCAUGUUGCUUCGGCAAGGUUUUUCAAUGCUACUCUUGACGCGUUAUGAGAGUAGGAGACCUUUCGUACAUGUAGCCUGCAAUUAGAAUGAAGUUUACGAUUUGGUUGCGAGACUGCCCUCGCAUGCCAAUUUUGUUUGCUUGUUACGUCUCAUAUGAUCAUCUAUGUAGUUAACCAAGAAAUUCAUUUCGGCUUGCUUUUAUGUUGAAAGAAAAUGAUGACAUAAACGUGUUUUUUGGUUGUGAUGAUAAUGAUGAAAAGAAAACUUGAAAACAAGAAUUUUCAGGCUGUGAUGUUUACGGCGUUCUUUUGCGAGAGGUAUCUUUCGUAAUUCAUGAGACAGUCCGCUCUUAUCAGCUAGCUUGGAUGCACUUCAGGUC